AUGACGUCAUCACGCACGUAUCCGACCUGUCCUUGAAGGCAUAACACAGGCAAGAUGGUCGCUUACUGGAGACAGGCUGGCUUAAGCUACAUCCGCUUCUCUUCUAUCUGCGCCAGCGCGGUGCGCGCUGCGCUGAAGCCACAGCUGAGAGCCGAGGCGCAGAAGGCCGCAGAAUCCAAUGUCAAAGUCCUCAAACCCAAACCAGUUGCAUAGCGAUGUGAUGUAGAUAAUUUUCCUGCUGGUUCGAGGUCCUGUGAAUCUCCUGCACACCAUGAAGGAGGAAAAGGAAGAUGGACAAUAUCCAGAUGACUUGUUAGAAUGCGGACCAGAAUGAAAUUGCUGUUUUCCCUUUUAUUUGUUAAUAAAGAUGAAUAUCUGAAAUGCA